AUGUAUGAAAAAAGACGUACAGAUUUGUUAACCAGGCGUAGACAAGAUGUUCUAAACCAAUCAGAAGAAUCUUCAAUAAAUAAAUUAAUAACUCCAAAACACACACAAUCAGAACAACAGCAAAGAAGAUCUGCAGAGCACGAAGAUCGUCAUAUCAGAAUUAUGAUAAUGAGAGAAAUAAAAGCAAUAAGUUUACAUGCAGAUGGAAUGUCUAGCGAUGAAGAAGUUCCUGAAACAGAUACGUUAGCAUUUAGAAAUCAAUUAGAGAUUAUUAAAAGUGACUCAAACCUGUUAUUGGACGAUGUUCUUGAGGAAUUUGCAUCAGUUGAUUUAAUGUUAAAAUAUAUGCUAGAAUGGAUAAACAAGUACUUGGAAAGCUAUAUUGAAGCUUAG